UGUUUCUUUGUUGACCAAUCGCCUGGUAACACCAAGGGGUGGGAGAAAUUGUGCUCAUGUGAGAUAUGUGUAAAUAUUUUACAAAGUUCUUGUGAUAACAUCAAACAUGAUACCGAAAUUUAAUCAAAGCUGAUGAUAUGGAUCAAUUAGUCCAAUCCAUUUGAAAUCAGAAUCGUUUGAGGGUUUUGGAGCAUCAAUUCUAAUGCUAUUCCAGUAAAUAUGAAAUCGAGUAGGAACCUGAGCGCCGGAGCACAUUGGGGAGAAUUGCCUGCCAGGGAGACUCACAAACAGGAAGUUAUUACUCCGGAUAUUAUUGAAAAUAUAUGGAGGCAAGUGCUGGAUGAUUCCAAUGGAGCUGACUGCGAUUAUCAGACCGAGAGGCAGACGGAAUUUAUUCAACUAUCUAUGGAUAAUCCUCAUGUGCUGAAUACAAUUCAACUUCAUAAUCAACUAAGUUCAAUGGACGAGGGAACAGUCAUUCGAGGAGUAUCAGAAGUAGAUGAACAGGAGUAUCCACAGAGGAGAAAACCAUCGAAUCCAUUUAAUUUUCUGUCACCCAGACCAAACAAAGCAGAGUUGAAGAAUGCCUCAAUUGUGCAUCAUUUGAAACCGGCGACAGCAAGGAAUUUAUUAAAACACGCUGUAAUUGUCCUCUCAGCGCAUUUAGGAUAUCAAACUGCUUCUGAUAUUGCCAUUGAGACGCUAACAGACGUCGCUGAUCAUUUCUUGAGAAAAAUGACGUUGCUUCUGAAGGUUGCCUCUGAACAGAGUGAGCAUGGCUUUCCGGACACCGUAGAACGUGUGCUCGUUGAAACUGGUAUUGGUGGUGUAGCCAAUCUCCAUGAUUAUUACCAAAAUUACGUGCUAUGUAAUGAAAUCAACGUCAAGCAUGAAGUAGAGAUGAAAAUGAAGGAACAGAGGGAAAUGGAGCUCAAUGCGAAUGUGAAAAUGGAACUCGACGAAGGUGUAAAUAAGAUACAAUUUGAGGAACUGGACGAGUUCGGUAACACCUUCAGAGAAGCCCCAACGCUCCAGCUGCUUGACCCCGAUAUGGGCUUUCCUCCGAGCCUCGAUGCUGGUUUCCAUAUCCUCCAGAGUCUCGAACACGAUGAAUAAUUAUUUAAUUAAUUCAAUAAUGGGUCAACUAAUUAAUCAAUCAAUUAUAUAUUUAAUUAUUAAUUGUACUUUACUUUUUUAUUUAUGAAGGUAACAAUUUACCGGACAAUAAACGAAUGAUUUUUUAUACAAA